AUGCCUGAGCAAGAUAGAACAGGUGAACCCAAAGAUCAGGCUACUGAGAUUGAGCCUUUCAAGAGAUGGGGUCAAUACAUUGAUCUAUACAUCCCCAACAUCGACGUUGUGGGCGGAUUCACAAUAACCUCCCCUCCACAAGCGUCCUCUCAAGUCCAAGAAGACCCGCAUAUCGAAUUGGCAAUCCAGAUCUCACCGGACAACCCUCCUGCUGCAUUCUUAUGGCGACCGGCUUCAGAAAUUCUCAACUCAACCGUCUCUUUCAAGGUCGGUGGAAAUUUCGUAUAUCCACCUCUGAGCUUGGACCGGAGUGAAUGUGAGGAAAUCGAUCGGGUGGUCUUCGUCGCUGGAGGGGUCGGGAUCAAUCCAAUCAUGAGCAUGAUAUCUACCUUGGAUGAAGUGGGCACGUCCCAAACACGUGGCGGUAUGGUCAAGAGCGUGAGAGUUUUGUACACAUCACGAAGGGAGACGGAUUCAAAAGGCCAAGCAGCAGAAAUCCUCUUCGAAACACGAUUGAGGGGCAUAGCCCAUAAAUGGGAACGGCACGAGCAUGUCGACUACAGAUAUUCCUUCUUCGACACAAGUGGUCAGACCGGCACUGGGCAAUCCACGCCCAAUAAUAUGUCGACCUAUGCCAGGCGGAUAGCGAAGGAAGACCUAUUCGAAGCACUUGGGCCAGAGGCCGGUCGAGCCAACACCGUCGUCUAUGUCUGCGGGCUUCCCACCAUGACAGACGAAUUCGUCGACCUGCUGCGCCUCGCACCUGGGAUGGAUGAGAAGAGGAUCUUGUGUGAGAAAUGGUGGUAG